AUGGACAACUUUGGAUUCCAACAAGGAUGUUGGGAACGUGUCCUUCUGGAGCUGAGGGCCUGUCUUAACACUCUUGGACAAAGACAAGAACGGCGAAGAUCUGUGGAGAGGACAGUGUCUGGAUAUGAGCAUGGGCACAGUAGUAGUCCUGUAAAUUUGUUCGACGAGAAAAAAACUGUCCAAGCACCUAGAACAAGAAAUAGUGUUGCUGCAACGAGGAUAAGUCUUCCGUGCCUCCCCAGUCCCCAAGGUCCUAAUCAGGUUAUUAUGCCACAACAGAAAAUAGAAUCGGUAGCUGCCCCUGUGGAGACAACGAAACCAGCAGUAAGUGUUUCACCGGCAUCAGAUCCUCCAAAGGUGGAUUUUGCUGCUGACCUAUUCGACAUGCUAUCAGUGGAUGAGCCGACUUUAUAUACCUCAGAGACAGCUUCUGCUGAUGAUAACUCAUGGGCUGGCUUUCAAUCGGCUGUAAGUGGUCAAACGGCAGAGAAAAUUGUCACAGCAAAGCCUGAUGAGAGCAGUUCUCCUCCAGCUACUGGAAUCGAGGAUUUAUUUAAAGACACGCCUACUUUAACAGCUCAACAAGCACCACAGAAAGAUGUGAAAGGUGGUAUCAUGAGCAUGUUUGAGAAGUCGAAUAUGGUGUCACCUUUUGCCAUGCAUCAGCAACAGUAUGCUAUGCUUGCGCAGCAGCAAGCCCUUUACAUGGCUGCAGCAAAAGCGGCAGGAGGCCCUCCAAAUGGCUUAAAUCAACAAGCUGUUGCUAAUUCUCUUAACUUAGCAUCUGCAAAUUGGUCAAACAAUGGCUACGAGAUCCCUGAAAUGACUAACCCAGGAGGUGACCAAGCUGAUCUCCAGAAACUUAUGCAAAAUAUGAACAUGAACGCAAACAUUAACAUGAGACCCGCACAACGGCAAGAGAACAGUCCUAAUAUCCAUCAUCCAGGUAUAUUCUACACGACGAGUCGAGCUAAGAAUGCGGCAAACGGUAUGGCAAACCCAAACUCAAGUGGUAAACCUCAGUCAUCACCCGCGGCAAAACCAACGGGCACCACUCCAUCUUCUCAAUCAGGCAAAGACUUUGGUUUCUCUUCCCUGAUGAAUGGAAUGUUCACAAAACAUCGAUCAAAAGAGAGACUUCAGAAUUUUGCCUUACCGUAA